GGAUUAAUGGCACUUUUAAUCAACUUCCAACUGAUUAGAUGAAAUUAUCAAAUAGUAUUUGUUUUUUGUUUAUUCGAUUCGAAUCAAAUUUCCUUUGGUCAUUAAUGUGAAUAUUUUAGUCUCGAUAUUAUUUGGUCGCUCGAAAUGUGGUCCUCACAAUUUAACCAGUUGAAAGCUCUUUUCGUGAAAGAUUGGCUCAUCCGUCGAAGAUACUGGCCUGUUACUAUACUCGAAUUGGCCUUACCACCUCUUUUGAUCGCCGUUCUCCUAACAAGUCUUCCUUACACGAAAGAACUUCUUAGAGAAUAUUCUGAUUUAGAUUCGCGCCAAAGCCAACCCGUUCUUCCCUCUUCACGUUUCGAUAUCAACAUUAGCUGCGAUCUCGCACAAGAGGGAAGUCUGAUUUACGCUCCAAACCACGAAAGAAUCGUAGAAUUUUUGGUCCAAUUAAAUUUCCUUUGUCAACUUCCAAUCGAAUCUUAUUUUAAUGAAAGUUCUCUUUUUGAAUACUUUGAGAGAGAAAAUCUCGCAGUUGGAAUCAGCGUCACUCAAUUGGAUGUUGAUGAACGUAAGGCUAGUUACUCUUUGCUCAUUCCAUCCUUUUUCUACCCGAAACCUUGGGCAGGUCCAAUCGAAAUCUCUCAGCAUUUGAUGAUCGCGCUCGUUACUCAGAUCAACAUCAAUCUCUUGAUGUCUUACUACCCUGAAUUGGCUUUUUCGGAAGAGUUAAAAUUCACUGAGCAAUUGUUCACCAGAUUCGAUCUUCCUCCACAAAUCGCCCCCAAAUUAUCAAUGAUAGACUUUCAAUUGACUCAUUUUUUCCUUUCGAUUUGUUUCCUUUUAAUGGGCGCACUUAUGAUCCGUCGUAUUGUCAAAGAAAAGUCAACAAAUUCGAAAGAGUUUCUUCGGAUUAUGGGAAUGAGUAAUAACAUCUAUUGGAUAUCACAUUUUAUCAAUUACUUUAUGAUUUCUAUUUACCAUGCGAUCACAAUCACUGCGGUCUUUUAUUUUUCCGCUCGAAAUCCCUUUGGUGCUUGGACAUCAAGCCUCUUCCUCAUUUCUUAUUUGAUGACCAGCAUUUCAAUAAUUUUGUCAACUUUCGCUCUUUCAACCAUAAUCACCAGGCCGAUUGUCGCAGUUUUGUUUUAUAUACUUUCGAGAGCUACAAUAAGUUAUAGUUCUAUCAGUUCGAAUUUAUCUGGUCCAUCAUUUCUUGGGAUCUCAACUGAAAUUUGGUCGUGUUUUCUUCCUGAAGGUGCAUUUUAUUGGUCACUAUACGAUUUAGCUGAACUUGGAAUAUCAGGAAGGUCAGCUUGGGAUAAUUUAUUUACUCAAAUUAGAGAUUCUAUUCCACUGGGUUAUGUUUUCCUCCUCAUGCUGAUCUCAUGGCUCAUUUAUGGAUUUUUGACUUGGUAUCUUGAUGCAGUUUUUCCCUGGCAACCAGGAAUUCCUAAGCCCUGGUAUUUCAUUUUCGAUAAAUUCUUGAACAAAAAUACCGAUAAAACUAAAAUAAUCGAUUACGAUGCUCUGAAUCGUCCUGGUCUUCAUGAACCAAUGUCAUUUCAAUCUGAGGCAAGCAUUAGAUGCAUCAAUCUCCGCCGUUCAUUUGGCUCCUCGUGUACUUUAACUAUGGCUGUUAACGGAAUCAACUUAGAGAUAAUGAAAGGCCAAAUAACCGUGCUGUUGGGUCAUAAUGGUGCCGGUAAAACCACUACAAUGAAUAUGAUUACCGGUAUUUUACCUCCUUCUUCUGGAACUGUUUUAAUAAAUGGAAUCGAUAUUCGUAAACAUGUGAUUGCUGCUCGACGAGCUCUUGCUUUAUGUCCACAAACAUCAUUAUUUUUCGAGGAAUUGACUGUCACUGAGAAUUUAAAUCUUUGUGCUGGACUCAGAGGAUUAGAAGAACCUGUUAAACGCCAAUUGAUUCCCCUCAACAUUUCUCGAGUUAAUUUAAAAGAGAAAACAAACACUUUAGCAUGUAAGCUCUCAGGUGGAAUGAAACGCCGACUACAAUUAGCACUCGCUCUUACAACUUCUUCGGAGAUUCUUAUUCUCGAUGAACCGACUUCGGGUCUUGAUCCAGAAUCACGAAGACAAAUUUGGAAUCUCUUGUUGGAAAUGAGAAAGAAUCUCACCAUUUUAUUAACUACUCAUUUCAUGGAAGAAGCCGAUGCUCUCGGUGAUCGUAUUAUUAUCAUGGACUCAGGUCAAAUCAAAUGUUCAGGGAGUCCAAUGUUCCUUAAAAAUAAACUGGGUGCUGGUUAUUUAUUGAGAAUCGCUAAGAACUCAGAAACUUUCAACUUCGAGAACACAAAUACUCUAAUCAAAUCUUUCUUCCCAAACUGUGCAAUAAUUAAUGAUACAAAUGAAGAAAUUGUCAUUCGAUUAGCUAAUGAAGACUCGCAAAUUCCUGCAAGUAAUUUACCGGAUCUUUGUGAUCAUUUGGACGAGGACAAAGAAUCUCUCGGAAUAAUAACCUAUGGUAUUAACAAUUCGACAAUCGAAGAUGUUUUCCUUCGAGUUUGCAUGUCUGAGAACGAAUGGAAUCUAAGCCAAAAAUCAAACAUGAUCGUUGAUGGGAAAGAUUCAAUAUUCAACACGAAUCAAACUUCGAGUUUCAAUACUCUCACUGGAUAUCGAUUGACCUUCCAACGUUUUAAAGGACUAAUUUACAAGCGAUUUCACUUCGCUAGAAGAUCUCAAAAGAUUCUUUUAUUCACUUUCAUUCUUCCCGUUUUAGUUUUUUUCUUCACUUUCAAAGCCUCUUCCUAUUCUGCAUUCAUUAUCGAUGGAAAUUAUCAGUUCACCCUCCGAUCGAAUGGUCAAGAUUAUUACACAUUCACUCGUAAACACUUGUUCGGUAUUGUCCAAAUUGGCGAAGAAACAAAACUUUGGUACAAUAAAUUAGCGAGUUUAAGUGUACCAGCCACGAUUGAUGCUUAUUCCAAUGCUCAGAUACGGUUGAAUCGUCCUAACACCCAUUCGAGAGUAGUGACAACUUUCAGAUCGGCUUCGAAUCGAAAAGUUUAUUUUGAUCCCGGCCCGUUAAAAAUCAGCUCGAUAUCGAUUCUAUCGGCAUUCAUCCCUUUCGCUGUUUGUGCGAUAAGUGGAUCUUAUUUCCUAUUUCCAUCAAUAGAAUAUAAUUCAAAGUCUCCAUUGAUUCAAAGAAUUAGCGGAAUUGGAACAUUAACUUACUGGUCAAGUAAUUAUUUAUUCGAUAUGAUCUAUCAUUUGAUUGUUUCCUUUUGCAUAAUCGCUGUAAUUUAUCUCGCUGAUCCAUUGAUACUUCAAGACGUGGGAUCGAACAGUAUGAUUGAGACUCUCCAUUUUCUAAUAGUUUUAACCCUUAUUUUAUUGUUCGGAUGCUCUACGAUUCCAUUUGCAUAUUUGCUAUCAUAUUUCCGAGUUUCUUCUGAUGGUGGAUUCGUUCUCGUUAUUUCUAUUCAGUUGAUUCUCUGUUUAAUUGGUUCCGUUCUGUACUUUUUAUCUAUCUUUAUUACCGACGCAAAUGCUGCUGAUUAUUUAUUGAUCUUUCUCUUUCCUCCGCUCGCGAUAACUACGGCUUUGGCCACAGUCUAUUCAAAGACAAUUUCAUUUCGACAUUGUGAAUACUUUGGAAUAUGUAAUCGUACCAAUUUAUGCUGUUCUACCAAAGAAAUUGAUGAGUUUGCAAACAAUUUCGACGACAAAUUUGGAUACAAGCAUCAGUUGAUUAUGCUCUCAAUUGCUCCGUUUAUAUAUUUCUUUUUACUCAUCAUUUUGGAUAUGAAUCUGAACCAAUUGGGUUAUUGGUAUGAAACUUUAUUGAAUUUUAUUCUAAGAAAAACAACUCAUCCAGUUACAAGAGAAGAUGAUGAUGUUGCAAUUGAAAGAGAUCGUGUUCAUGAUUUACUCAAGAAACCAAGUUAUCCCGAUUCUUUGAUUGUUUAUAAUUUGACAAAAGAUUUUCGAUCUUUCCGAGCUGUUGAUAAUUUGAACUUUACUGUUCGACAGAAAGAAUGUUUCGGUUUACUGGGAGUAAAUGGAGCAGGAAAAACAACUACUUUUCGAAUGUUGACUGGAGAUCUUUUAGUUACUUCCGGUGAUGCUUUUAUUCGAAAAAUUAGUCUUCGUAAUGAUAUAAACAAGUUCCAGAAAUCGAUCAGUUAUUGUCCACAAUUCGAUGCACUUUUAAAUAAUCUUAAUCCUCGGGAAACUUUGGCUCUUUUUGCAAGACUAAGAGGUAUGCCUGAGUAUAAGAUACGAGAAAAUGUGGAUUACAUGAUAAAAUCACUCGAUCUUAGUAAAUUCGAAUGUACAUUAAAUUGUCAUCUAAGUGGAGGAAACAAAAGGAAACUUUCAUUAGCAAUCGCAUCAAUUGGUAAACCUGAUUUAAUGUUUCUCGAUGAACCAACGACUGGUGUCGAUCCUGUUGCUCGUCGUAAGAUUUGGUCUUCGUUAGUUUAUCUUCGAGACUUUAGUGGUUCAUCAAUUAUACUAACCAGUCAUUCGAUGGACGAAUGUGAAGCUCUUUGCUCUCGAAUCGGUAUAAUGGCCCGAGGGAAAUUACGAUGCCUUGGAUCAGCUCAAUAUUUGAGAAAAUUUGGUCAAGGAUUUUCUCUGUUAAUUAAAAUGAAUCAUGAAGCAAUUAAAGAUCCAGGGAAAGUGGAACAGAUCAACUCUUAUAUUUCCGAUAAUUUCCCAAGUUGUGACCUUCGAGAUAAUCAUCAGACUAUUUUACAUUAUCACAUAACCGAUACUUCAUCUCGUUGGGGGGACAUGUUGAGGAAAAUGGAAGCAGCAAGUCACAAUUCAAUUGAAGAUUAUACAUUAACCGGAACAACAUUGGAACAAGUUUUUCUCUCAUUUGCUAAGAACACAUAA